AGAAAAGAUUCAGCUGCUUGAUCUGAAAGAGUCCUGGAAGCAAAGAAGAGGGACGAAGGGGAUGUUAUGUCUGCUACUAAGGGAGAUGUCUGUAAUCAUAUCAAAGUGGUGGUCCGUGUCCGUCCAGAGUCUCAAAAGGAAAAAGACAGCACCUUUACCAAGGUUGUUCACGUUGUUGACCAGCAUAUAUUGGUCUUUGAUCCAAAGGAAGAAGAAGAAAUUAGGUUUUGUCAUGGAAAGAAAGUGAACCAUAGGGAUAUUAGUAAAAGACAAAAUAAAGACCUGAAAUUUGUAUUUGAUACUGUUUUUGCUGAAAGCUCAACCCAGUUGGAAGUUUUUGAGCAUACUACCAAAAGCAUGAUCGAUGACUUCUUAAAAGGAUAUAAUUGCACAGUGCUUGCAUAUGGUGCAACGGGAGCUGGAAAGACUCAUACAAUGUUGGGUUCCCCUGAAGAUCCUGGUGUGAUGUAUUUAACCAUGGUGGCACUUUAUAAUUCCAUCGACGAAAUAAAAGAAGAUAAAAUAUGCAACAUUACUGUCUCGUAUUUAGAGGUCUACAAUGAACAGAUCCGUGAUCUGCUGGUGAACUCGGGACCUCUGGCUGUUUGUGAAGACACCCAGAAAGGGGUGGUAGUUCAAGGGCUAACGCUACAUCAGCCUAAAUCGGCAGAGGAAAUCCUUCAAAUGCUGGAUUAUGGAAAUAACAAUAGAACACAGCACCCCACAGAUGUAAAUGCCUCCUCUUCCCGGUCCCAUGCUGUCUUUCAGGUUUAUCUAAGGCAGCAAGAUGAACCAGCCAGUAUCAAUCAAAAUGUUCGUUUUGCCAAAAUGACUCUCGUUGACCUGGCAGGAUCUGAACGUGCCAGUGUGACAAAUGCCAAGGGGGCCCGUUUUAGAGAAGGAACAAAUAUUAACUGCUCCCUGCUAGCUCUGGGAAGUGUCAUUAAUGCCUUGGCAGAUACAAAGAGUAAGAAACGGCACAUUCCUUAUCGAAACAGCAAGCUCACUCGCUUAUUGAAAGAUUCUCUUGGAGGAAACUGCCAAACAGUAAUGAUAGCUGCCAUUAGUCCAUCAUCUAUGUUCUAUGAUGAUACAUAUAAUACUCUCAAGUAUGCAAACAGAGCAAAGAAUAUCAAGUCUAAGUUGAAGAGCAAUGUUGUUAGUUUGGACAGUCACAUAAGCCAGUAUGUUAAAAUUUGCAAUGAACAAAAGAAAGAGAUCCUAAUGUUAAAAGAGAAACUGAGAGAAUAUGAAGAAAAGCAAGGAAGCAUUCCUGGAAAUCCUGAUGCUGCAGUAUUUUCAAACAACCAACAAGUCAUGAUACAAAGACACAAAGAAGUCCUUAAAAGUGUGUUUGCCAACCGUGAAGAAAUCAGAAAAGAAUACCUCAAGUUGGAAAUGCAGUUAAAGGAAAAUGCACUGAAGACACAUUACCAGAAACAAUGCCAUGAACAAAUUCAACUGAUGUGCUCUGAAGAAAGAAUAGAAAAGGCCACUUGCAAGUGGGACCAAAGGCUUGCAAUGCUUAGAACUCAUCGUGUGCACAUACAGCAGAAGAGAGGGGAGAAGUCUGAAUGUUUUGAGGAAAAUACCAGUUGGCUGCAUCGUGUUGAGAAUGAAAUGCGUCUAUUGGGUCAAGAUGGGUGCAUUCCAAAGGAACUCUGUGAAGAUCUGCAGCAUUGCCAUUUAAACCUAGAAGUUAAGGACCUGAAAUCCCAGAUUGAGCAUAUGUUAUCUCUGGUGUCCCUUCAAGAUCAGCAUUAUAAGGAGACAGAAAAAAUACUAAAUACUUUGCUUCCAAUUCUUCGCAAGCAGUACCUGACUUUGAAAGAAGCUGGCUUAACAGAUAAUGUAUCUGAGACUGAAUUUGGUGAGGUUGAGCAGCUGAUACAAAGACAAAAAUCAGUAGUUUGGGCUGACCAGGCUGAAGAGAAGGAACAAAAUCCAAACCAUGAACUAGCGUUGUCUGCUAUCUUUACAUUCCCACAGCUUGUGAACAGACCAGACACCCCAUGCUGUACAACAUUUGGUACACCGUCACAAGAAAUGAGUAAAAAUACACAGCAAACAGUAGAAUUUGCAGUACCACCACAGAAAAGAACCAGACAGAACCUAACGGCCUCUCCGAUCACAGCUCAAGGUCCUGCUGCAUCCAAGCAAUCCAGCCUGUGUCAUCUGGAGAAUUCCCUUACCAAGGAGGUCCUCCCUAUUGUGUAUACACCAGAAUUUUGCAGGAAGCCAGUAGAUGGCUUGUCUACAGAGACUGUGGUAAAGAAAACUUUAUACCUUGCUGGCCUUCAGGAAGCCAAAGUGUGUGAUAUAGAUACGCCAGUGAAAAACGAGAGUGUUUUGAAUACUACAUGUGACAUAAUUCCAGACUGCACCAUAGACAUGAACUCAACAGUAAUUCUCUAUGAAGGGACAUGUGAAACAACAGAAAUGUCUACUGAAUCACCUGUGAAGGAGUCACAGCCAUGCAUCAAUAGCAUUCUGCACAGACUUGAACUCUCUUCCUUAAAAAAAAGAAAUCCUACGUCAGUUCUUGAGAAGCCCUCUUAUAUGGCAAUGACUUCUGCUGCUGAGAGAAAAAGAAAAAUACCAAGGUAAAAUUAAACUCAGUCUUCUAUACAAAUGAAUUUACAUUACUUUCUUAUGUUCUCACAUAAGUUUUGAUGUUAUAUUUCAAAUCUGAAAACCUCUUAUACCGGUCAUAUGGACCUACUAAGGAGAUGUUCUGGCUCAAAUACUUUAAAUGAUUCAAUUUAUGGAUUUUUACCUGUCAUAUUUUGAGGAAUCACCUUUUUUCUUUUUAUCUUUUUCCUAAAGCCAAAAUUGAGGCAACCUUUUUUAAAUCAUGUUAUUAGUUGCUUGUUGCUA